AUGGCCGAGUCCACGGCGCAGUGCCCCGAGAAAGGACGAACCUCGAGCAUGGUCGAGGAAAAGGACUUUCAAGACAAGGUUGAUCCAACCUCGCUGGAGAACAAUUACCCUCUCCGGACAUCCUCUUCUGACGAAGAGUCCACGAUCGGCGAAGCCCACGGGCCCAAUGACCUCGUCCAGAUCCCGACCAACACCAGCGCUGUAGCACGGACGCUCUCCGUCGUGCGAACGCGUGAGUCGGGCAAAGAUCUCGGUCCGCCACCGGACGGAGGAUUCCAGGCCUGGCUGCAAGUUGCGCUGGGCCAUAUGAUCAUUUUCAAUACUUGGGGAUACAUCAACAGUUUUGGCGUCUUCCAGACCUACUACACAUCGACGCUGGGGCGGUCGCCCUCCGACAUCUCCUGGGUGGGCAGCAUCCAGAUCUUCCUGCUGUUUUUCGUCGGGACUUUCUCCGGCCGCGCCACCGAUGCGGGCUACUUCCGAUUCACAUUGACGGUCGGGGCUGUGCUCGAGUGUUUCUGUAUCUUCAUGACCUCGCUGUGCACCGAGUAUUGGCAGCUCUUCCUAGCUCAAGGUCUUGGGCAAGGCAUUGGCUGCGGCUUAAUGUUCUGUCCCACCCUGGCUUUGAUCUCGACGUAUUUCGUCAAGCGCCGAGGCAUUGCACUUGGGCUCGUCGCCUCGGGAUCGGCCACGGGAGGCUUGGUUUUCCCGGCAGUGGUGAUGCGCCUGCUGCCACGGAUUGGGUACGGAUGGACGAUGCGGGUGCUGGGCUUCAUCUCGCUCGCCACGCUCAUCCCGUGUCUGAUCUUCUUCAAGCAGCGUCUGCCGCCGCGCACGAAUGGGCCACUGAUCGAGUUGGCGGCGUUCAAGGAGCUUCCGUACCUGCUGUUUGCGGUAGGGAUGUUUCUGAAUUUCUGGGGCCUGUACGUCGCAUUCUUCUAUGUGGGCAGUUUCAGCCGCAACAUCAUCGGCACGUCGGAGACAGUGUCGAUAGACCUGCUUAUGGUGAUGAACGGAGUUGGCAUAGUGGGCCGCCUGGUCCCAAAUCUGCUGGCCGAUCAAUUCACUGGCCCUCUCAACUUACUGAUCCCAUUCAGCGGAGCCACGGCCGUCGUGGCUUUCUGCUGGGCGGCGGUCAAAGACAUGUCUGGGCUGUGGGCGUUUGCCUUGUUCUAUGGCCUCUCCGCCGCAGGCAUUCAGUCCCUGUUCCCUGCCACACUCAGUACGUUGACGACGGACCUGAAGAAGAUUGGGGUACGCAUGGGCAUGGUGCUCAGUGUGGUGGCGGUCGCCGCGCUGAUCGGAUCCCCCAUUGCCGGCGCGCUGGUCCAGCGUGAUGACGGCGAGUACCUCUAUGCCCAGAUGUUUAUGGGCAGCGCGAUCAUUGCCGGGACGUUAACACUGAUCGCAGCGCGCAUCGCUAAAGUGGGCACGGGCAUUGCGCGAGUAUGA